UUUGACAGAGGGUAUCUCUCUGAUUCCAAGAUGCCAUCCCAUGGAUUGAUAGCAUUAAUACUGCCCGGGUAUUUUGAGUCGUUAAAUUGCUGUUGUAUGACCAUCUUCUUGCUUGUUAUGCUUGCUUUGAUUUUUUUAAAUCAAUAUGACUGUUUUCUAUGCCUGCAUGGAUAUGUACCAUAUGGAUACCUGGUCAUGAGGGUGACCAAAGGAUCUCAGAAAUUCUGACCCUGGAAAAAUGGAUAGUUGUAAUCCCCAUGUAAGAAUAGGCAAAUUUGUCCAUCUCCAUUCAAGAUCAGCAAGAGUGCUGAGUUAAUCUGCCCUCUCUCCAGGUCUGUGUUGAUUAUUUACGACCAACAUUUAUAUUUCUACUGUUUUCAUCUGUCCACUUGUAAUUGUUUUAUACAGGAAGUUCUUUUUCUGCAAAAUGUUAUUGGUAUUGCAGUUUAUAUUAGGGUACUUCAGGGUCUGGAAGAUGAAUACAGAACUGUAGUGAAAACAACUCUUUGUAGGAACUUCCAUAAAAGCCUGUUAGUUUUUCUAUCCCAUUGUUUGUUUCAUUGAGGUUUGCAAUGGAGACAGGGUCUUCAUGUGUUGCCACCUCUCCUGGACCUGAUUGCACAGACUUGACUGCCAUUCAACUCAGAGACAAAUAUACCCACCUCUGUUUUCUGAGUGUUGUGGUUAAAGGCACAAUACACCAACACACCCAUUUGUCUAUCUUUUUUCCUUUCUGUAAUGAGUAGUUUUUCAUACAAUUUUCUCAUGCAUACAAUUUACUGCUGAUCUUUUUUCUUGUCUCACCCUGUUAAUAGAUAUUGUUCUUAUAAGGUGAAAUCCCAUUCAAAUUGUAUAGAAAUGACAGAAUUGGCUGUCCUUUUCAAUUUACUUCUAAAGUAACUGACUGUAUCAUGGAAUAAGCGUGGGGAACACCAGAAUCAUACAACUAUACUUUCAAAGAAGUAUGCGUUCCAAUGUUGUCACUGUCAUGCUUACAUUGUACCCAUGUAUGGUAUGUAUUUGAAGGCCGUGACCUAUGAUGAUAUACAUAUCAACUUCACUCAGGAAGAGUGGGAUUUGCUGAAUCCUUCCCAGAAGAAUCUCUACAAAGAUGUGAUGCUGGAGACCUUCAGGAACCUCAUUACUAUAGGGUACAUUUUGGAGGACUGUAACACUGCAGAACAUAGUCAAUGUUCUAGAAGACCUGCAAGGAUUGAAAGAAAUCAAACUGGAGAGAAGUUUUCAGUAUAUUCUCACUGUGCUAAAGCCUUGUCUUAUGACACUCACCUUCUAAGAAAUGAAAAAACACAUACUGGAGAAAAAUGCUGUGAAAUUAAGCAAUGUGGUAAAGCCUUUGCUUAUCACAGUCAUCUUCAAAUGCAUGAAAGAACACACGUUGGAGAGAAACCGUAUGAAUAUAGUCUAGAUGAUAAAGACUUUGUUCUUUAUGAAACUCAUCAAAGUCAUAAAAGAACACAUAAUGAAGAAAAAUCAUAUGAAUUUAAUCUGCUUGGUAAGGCCUUUGCCGAUCACAGUCAUCUUCAAAAGAAUAAAAGAACACAUACUAGAGAGAAACCCUGUGAAUGUAAUCAGUGUGGUAAGGCCUUUGAUCAACACAGUCAUCUUCAAAUGCAUAAAAGAGCACAUAAUGGAGAGAAACCCUAUGAGUGUAAUCAGUGUGGUAAGGCCUUUGCACGUCACUAUGAACUUCAAUUGCAUAAAAGAACACACACUGGAGAGAAACCUUAUGAAUGUAAUCAGUGUGGUAAGGCCUUUGCUCAACGUGGUAAUCUUCAAAUGCAUAAAAGAACACAUACUGGAGAGAAACCCUAUGAAUGUAAUCAGUGUGGUAAGGCCUUUGCUCAACGCAGUAAUCUUCAAAUGCAUAAAAGAGCACAUAAUGGAGAGAAACCUUUUAAAUGUAAUCAGUGUGGUAAGGUCUUUGCUCACAACUGUGCUCUUCAAAAUCAUAAAAGAACACAUACUGGAGAGAAACCCUAUGAAUGUCAUCAAUGUGGUAAAUACUUUGCACGUCAGGAUCAUCUUCAAUUGCAUAAAAGAACACAUACUGGAGAGAAACCUUUUGAAUGUAAUCAGUGUGGUAAGGCCUUUUCUCAACACAGUAAUCUUCAAACGCAUAAAAGAACACAUACUGGAGAGAAACCCUAGGAAUGUAAUCAGUGUGGUAAGGCAUUUGCUCAACACAGUCAUCUUCAAACACAUAAAAGAAUAUAUACUGGAGAGAAACCCUAUGAAUGUCAUCAAUGUGGUAAGGACUUUGCAUGUCACAGUAAUCUUCAGUUGCAUAACAUUCUGGAGAGAUACAUGUGAAUGGAAUCUGUCGUGAAUCCUUUUUCCCAAUCAUCUCCAAAUAUAUAAA